GUCAGAAAUUAGUAGUAAUGAUAAUGUCAAACACUGUUCAUAGUCUCUGAAUUAUAUUAAACAUAAUAUUAUGUGAUUCCCUCAACCAUCUCAAUUUUGUAUUUAUUAAAUCCUUAUUUGGUAUUUGACAAUUCGUUUUUGUAACAUUAGGAGAUUCUCUCUUUGUCGUAAUGUCGUCUAGUCGAUCAAAAUCUUCAAUACUCGACAAACCCCUCAGCAAAGGAAAAGGGGAGGUUUCUCUAGCCCUUUACGCACUUUUAUUUUCAGAAAUUGUUCAGUACUGCCAGAAUCGCUCACAUUCCAUCAAUGAGUUACAAACUAAGCUCUCUGAUGGAUACGAUGUUGGAACAAGACUCUUGGACCUCUAUUUCGUAAGAGAAAGAAAUAGUAAAAGAGAAAUAAAAUUGUUAAAUAUGCUGCUAUUUGUUAAGUCUACAUUAUGGAAGUGUCCUUUUGGCAAGGAAGCUGAUAAAUUAGAACACGCCAAUGAUGAUGAACGCACAUACUACAUCAUAGAAAAGGAUGCAUUGGUCAAUAAGUUCAUAAGUGUGCCAAAGGACAAGGGCUCUUUGAAUUGUGCCUCGUUUAAUGCUGGUAUAAUUGAAGCAGUCCUAACAAACGGAGGAUUUCCCGCAAAAGUUACAGCACAUUGGCACAAAGGCACCACCUACAUGGUGAAAUUCGAAGACAUGGUCAUCACGAGAGAUAAGGGACUCGAUGAUCGAUAGAGGAAUAUUAUUACACAAUAAUUAAAAUGAAUAAAUCGUAUUGUAAUGUU